CCAUCUUAUGGUACAUUUAUGAAACAGAAAUAAGGAUUAUUUACUGUAAUUUAUUUUUCACUUGACAGAGAGAAGAGACAACUUGAAGCUCAUGUUCAGAAAUUGGAAUCCUCAACUGGGGACUCCAAGGUGCUACUUGAUGGCCAGAGAAAAGAGUUGAUGGCCCUAAAUGAAGCUCUUGCCAAACUCCAGGAGAGAAACACUCGUCUAGAAGCUGAAAACCAUACCAUUCAUGCUGAUCUGAAGGCUCAAAAGGAAACUGGGAACCGCGAGGCUCUGGAAUUAAAUAUUGCUAUAAAUGAAUUAAAAUCUCAACAUGAAAAUGAACGACACUACCUCAAUGAUAAUCUUUCACAAACACAAACAAGAUUACGGUCAGUGGAAGCAAGCCUCGCUGCAGCAGCUAGUGACAGAGAUUCCAUGCAGGCAAAGUGUCGUCUGCUAGAAAACACUGUACAGGAACUGCAGUCUAAGUUAUCAGACGAGAGCACUGGACGGAGACUGGCGGAACAAUCUGUAGGAACACUCAGGUUACAACUGGAGGACAUGAAAAAUGACAAG